GUCUUUUGUGCCGUUUUCUUGAUCACCGGAAGUAGAACAGAGUGACACCUCUUAAUUUUGUACUACUAUCUAACCCCCCUAUCUGACAAACCGGUUCUUGGUUUCAAGAAGUAAAAUGCGUCUCAUCAUUCGUACAUAAGCAAGAGUUUUAUCCAAAUUUUUAACUUUCAGUUAACGUUACUGUUACAACAGCAAGUACUGUGUAGUGUAACCAGCUCCAGUUUAAGUGAUAUCACAAAGGGGGACUUUUAUCGUUGUCCGUUAUCCACCAGUGCAACAUUAGCUGGGUGGAAGGAAACACAAAUAAAACGUGAUCCAUUAGCUAAUAAUCCUUUCUGUACGUCGUUAUUUCGACCUGCCUCUCGCUACCUGAACAGACAUGGCUACUAAUCCUCCAGGACCAGCUUUACCAAACAAGGCACGGAUGGCGAUCCUGGCCGAGCUGGAGAAGGAGAGGAGGCGACUUUUAAAUGCUCCUGGAGCGAGCAUCUCGAUGUCCAGACCGAGUCUGAAGGAGUUCAGAGACAACGCAGAACAGCAACACAUCGCUGCCCAGCAGAAAGCUGCCCUGCAGCAUGCACACACACACUCAUCAGGCUUCUUCAUCACUCAGGACUCCUCGUUCGGGAACCUCAUACUCCCCGUCAUUCCACGCCUGGAGCCGGAGUCUUGACCUGUUCACCCGUUGUCCUCCUGCUGCUGCCACCCGGUGUGACACAAAGCAUUCAAACAACACACGUGCGCACCAGACCCACGUGUCUCCCACUUUCCCUCUUUUAAGUCUUUGGAUUAACGGACGGUUGUUUUGACGUGUCAUAAACGAUCUCAGGGGAGUGUGAAUCUGUCAUUUUUACAUUUUCCAGACCAACAAAGCUGGCUGCUGAAUUCGGGAAAGCUUCCGGGGAAAAAAAAAAAAAGUCGGAAGAAGGUUCCAGACAUCCUGUGAAAUUGAGCAGCAGAUAAAAACAAAAAACACAGAAAUACUGUAAAUGCUAUCCUGCUCUGUUGCCUUUCACCGCACUGAUCCAUAAAAUGCACAUUCGGUCAGGGUUUUUACAUAAAUGGGUUUGUGUCAAUAUUUGAUAAUAAAAUUGUUACAUUCAA